AUAAAUCGAACAUCAGAACUUGCUCGUGUAUUUGGCAUUGACUUUUUCUCAGUUCUCUCAAGGGGUUCACAAUAUCGCGUUGAGUCCAUGUACUUGAGAUUGGCACAUACACAAAAUUAUCUAGCUAUUUCUCCCGGGAAUCAUCAGGUUGCUUCUCAACCUGCAAUGGAAUGCCUGCCACUUGUAAUGGAACCAGAGUCUGGUUUUUAUGCAGACCCUGUAGUUGUUUUGGAUUUCCAGUCUCUUUAUCCCUCAAUGAUCAUUGCGUACAACCUGUGCUAUUCUACAUGCCUUGGGAACAUUGCCCCUUCAAAGGCAAAUACACUCGGCGUUAGUCCAUUUUCACCAGAUCCGGAUAUUCUGCGGAAGUUAAAAGAUCAAAUACUGCUUACUCCUAAUGGUGUUAUGUACGUACCUUCAAAG